AUGAUGCACCCCCAAGAAGAAGAAUCCUACUCGAAACCACUGGCCGAGCGAAUCGACGAGUCCGAGGAGGACCUCGAGUCGCUCCCCUUGGCUCCUGAUGCGAGAGAGCACAGCAAACAUCGCCGGCGAGUUUGGGCAUAUGCCGCCGCCGCCGCAGUGUUGAUCGUCUCCAACAUCGUCUCAGCACGCGUCGGCGCUCACUUUGCUCCUGGCGUGGAGAACCUCGACAGCGCCUGUGCCGCCCACACCACGCAAUGGUCACCGGUACUCAGGGAAGUAGACGUCAAGUAUGACUGGAAGCAUUUCAACGGCUCCUUCAUGCAAGAGGAAAUCUUCCGCAAAGAAGCCUCCCCCGAGGUCGACGCCGCGUGGGAGUCGAUGGGAGUCGAUUACCGUGCUGGUGUGAUCUCCAUCGAAGACGGCCUGAAGAGCGGCCUCGAUAUGUCCUUUGUGAGGAGAUCGGAGAAGUACGGGGCGGGCUUCUUUGUCAACGUCGAGGGCAUGCACCACCUACACUGUCUUAAUCUGUUGCGAAAAUCUCUGUACUACAACUACGACUACUACAAGAAGAUGGGUACCCAUGCAUUCAAAAACGAAGAAUAUAUCAUUCGUCUCCACGUCACACACUGUCUGGAUACGAUCCGUCAAGUCCUGGUCUGCAACGUCGACACGGGUGUACUGGGCCAAGUGUGGGCCAAUGACCCUCCUAGCCCCUUCCCCGACUUCAACACAAAACACAUGUGCAAGAACUACGAGGCAAUCCAAAAGUUCGCCGAGAAGAUUCAGGCGCCUCCAGUUGAUGGCCUCCCAGCCGACUACACCGCUCCUCCAGGACCUGGGGAUGUCAUUCCACAGAUACCUUAA